AUCUGACGAAAAGGUAUAUAAAUGACAAAUGAAAUGAAAAGUGUCUCAAACAGUGCAUUGGGUCUCAAAGAGUAAGUCAUGUAUUCGUUUGUGAUUUACUUAACACUGGUGUUCGCGUUCCUGCCCUUCAUUUUGACGCAAACCACGAAAGCCGAGUGCAUUGAGUUCGGCAAAAAGAUUGAGGACGCGGGAGGAAUAAAAGAGUUCACAGAAGAGAAUCAGUUGCAGUUCGAUGUGGUUUACGAGAUAUACAAGAAUUGCUUCAUUAAUGAGGAGGGAUUCCGGUUCAAGAAAGGCCUGCCAUUCAAUGGACACAAAGCCGAUAACAAAGGGAAGUUACUCAGAAGAUUUCUAUUAGAAGGUUAUUAAGCCGUUUUUGCCUACCAUUCCCUGCGCUCUAACCCAUAUCUCCCACAUACCCUCUCAUUUAAUCAUAAUAAUGUAAUAGUUUUUUAUUAUCAAGAUCUACCUUUCCCUACCCCCAUGUUCCCAGCUCGUAUGCUUUCUUUAAAGUCUAUUUUUGUUAAUAGUUGUAAUAUUAAACCAUUAAAACUAUCAGUAAAUAUAAAAGUUAACCUAUUGUAAU